GACGUCAUUGAUUACAUGGACAAAUCCCUAGCCCACUUCCCCAAAUCAUUGCCUGGGGAGACUGUCCGCAAGCACUUCAAUAUCAUCGUGGAAGCCCUGUGGUAUAUCGAUGGGACCAAGGACAAAAUCCAGCAGAGAGCAGAAUCACAUCAUGUGAAACCUCUCCCACCAAGGUUCCAGGAGAAUUUCAACAACUACAAUGACUUCAAGGAAAAACGCAAAGCUGCCCAACAACUCGGAUCACAAGAGCUCAAAAGACACAGUGGACUGAUAUUUCGUCUAAUUGGAUUCGCCUUCACAUCUACGUGGGACAACUUGAGACAAGAUUUAGAGGUACUGGCCCUGUCUUUAGACUAUUAUGCCACUUUCUUAGAGAAUGAGAAUCAGUCACAGAAGUAUAGUCAGCUUCUCGCCCAUCCAGUACGACAGGUAGCAGAACAUGUAAGUGUCAAGUACGCUCCUGCCUGUAAUGGACCUAUACAGGCAAAGUACAGUACUCUCAACCAGAUAUUCACAUCUGAGAUAGGAGAGAAUCACCCCGUCUAUUUCGAUGAGAAUAUCCAUGUUCGUCAACCAUUUGCAGACAGACAUGAACGAUACCGUUUUCUAAAUGACAUUGCAUUGUCCUGCGAUAUUGACAUCCUUCGCUACGAUCCAGGUGGAGGUCUAGGUACAAACUGUGUAAAUUUGGAGGGUACCAAAGGAUCAAUCUCCAGUUGAAAUGAUAUCAACAGCUGCAAA